AUGUGAGAAUUCGCCCGCAUGCGCAUUCAAAGCAUUGCGCAGCAGCAACAAUUCUGCGAGGAUCUCAAGACCAAUCUAUCCUACUGCUACUGCUCCACAACUCUGGCUGGCGGCGAUCUCGAAACGGUGGAUGAGGUGGACAGCGGCGAGAGCGGCAACGGUAAUGGCAAUGGCAAUGGCAACGGAAAUGGGAACGGAGCCAAUGGCGAUGCUGAAGCCGGUGCUGUGGACGCAGUUGUCCAGCAGGACGAGGGCGAACAGGGCGGCGACAGCGCAGCUGGCCGAUUGGAACGGGCCCACGGCCGGGCGCUGUCGCCGCAAAGCCUCAACACCGAGAAGGCCUUCUGUCCGGUCUACGUUAUAAACGGCGAAUGAGUUUACGCUCACUUUGAGUUCAUCGACGCCCUGAGCGGCCAUGAGCUCAACUUUGUUUAGCACUGGAGCUAAUGCAGCACCGAUGCCCACCAAACAUAAGGAACCAUACACUCAUCAUGGACGAGUAUGCUUAGAGUACAUCACUCACCCCACCAUCCGAGACCCACCAUCCAAGAGAAAUCCAUUACACGAACCCACACUCUACUUUAACCUGGGCGGGUGCCAAGCCACCGACAAAAA